GAUCAAGCACAUCCGAUCCCAGGAUCUGCAGCAGGCUGUGAACUGAGAGCCCUGCUGCUGCAGUCCAACACAAUCAGCUCAAUAGAUGAGGACUCGUUUCGCUUCCUUGGGAAACUGGAGCUCUUGGACUUGUCAAAUAACAGCCUGGCUCACUUGUCCCCUGCAUGGUUUGGUCACCUCCUUUCCCUCCAGCAGCUCCACCUUCAAGGGAACUCCUACAGAGACCUGGGGGAAAGCUCCCUGUUUUCUGGCCUGAGGAACCUGAGCUCUCUCCACCUGGGCAACCCACAGUUUUCCACAAUAAGGCAGGGAAACUUUGAGGGCAUUUCAGUUCUCCAGUAUUUAUGGAUUGAGGGUGGCAAUCUCAGUCAGUAUGAGCCAGGAAGUUUGAAACCGAUUCAGAAGAUAAAUCACAUGAUCAUAAACCUGAGGAACGCUAAAGUAUUCUCAGCAAUUGUCAGGGACCUUCUGCACUCUGUCACUUGGUUAGAA